AUGAUCAAGUCAUUCGGAGUCGACGACUGGCUUAUGCUUAUAGCCAUGUUCUUUUUUACGCUGCACACAGGAUUCUGCCUCGGCGGCGUCGCACAUGGCACUGGGCAACACGCCGUGGAUUUGACCGCCUCGGAUAUCACAAUGGCCUUGCAGAACUGGUGGUUUUGUUACCUCUGGUACUGCGCGACUAUGAUCUUCUCCAAGGCCAGCAUUGCUUUCUUUCUCUUGCGUCUGACUCCAAUUCGGUCACAGCGUAUCACUAUUUACGUAACGCUGGGCGUGUCCACACUGAUCAGUGUCGCCUUUUUCUUCGUCGCCAUGCUACAAUGCCUGCCCGUGUCAUUCUUCUGGACCCGCUUGGCCGGAACCGGAUCCUAUUUUACUUUCACAUUCCUUCCCUUGUGGCUCGUCAAGGGUCUACAGGUGGAUAAAAGAACGAAGUUCGCUCUAGUUCCCAUUCUGAGUCUGGGAGCUACAGCCAGCUGUGCCGUAGCAGUUCGGCUUGCCUAUGUUCAGAGCUUUCGGGACUCUGACUUUCUGUGUAAAUCAACCCCCGCUUGGCAUGUCAAUCCCACUGACAAGCCGUGGUGCAGGGGCCACGACGGACAUCGCAAUAUGGUCACAAGUCGAGCAAGGCUUGGCCAUCACAGCUGGCAGCCUAUCAACACUCAAGCCACUCUUUCGCAGAGCGCUAAUCAAGCUCCACAUUACGAAUUUGUGCUCACAGAGCGGCGGAACGCCGUCUACAACAAGGACCAAAAAGCACAACCGUAUCAAACGAAAUAG